AUGGACGCCGCACAGAAAUCCUGGGAGAUCGAAAACUCCGUCGAGCUGGUUGAUGCCCACCGCGAUGCCCUCUACAAAUAUGACCCCGCCGCCUCGCAAGCCGUCGUCUCCUCCAAGCCCUGGUCGAAAGACCCCCACUACUUCACAUCCAUCCGCAUCUCCGCCGUAGCGCUUCUCAAAAUGGUUAUGCACGCUCGCUCAGGCGGCAGUCUUGAGGUUAUGGGCUUAAUGCAGGGUUAUGUCUCGGCCAACACCUUCAUCGUCACCGAUGCAUUUCGACUCCCCGUCGAGGGAACCGAGACACGGGUCAAUGCCCAGGAUGAAGCGAAUGAGUACAUGGUUUCGUACUUGCAAGCCUGUCGGGAUUCCGGAAGGAUGGAGAACGCGAUUGGGUGGUACCAUAGCCAUCCGGGCUACGGAUGCUGGCUGUCUGGAAUCGAUGUGUCCACGCAGGAUACACAGCAGACAUACAGCGACCCGUUCGUCGCGGUGGUGAUCGACCCCGAUCGAACGAUCUCUGCGGGCAAGGUUGAAAUCGGCGCUUUCAGGACGUAUCCGAAAAACUACCAACCGUCGAAUGCUGAGCAAGAUGACGACGGAUAUCAGAGCAUCCCACUUCACAAGGUGGAAGAUUUUGGUGCCCAUGCCUCGCAGUAUUACUCUCUCACAGUCUCGCAUUUCAAGUCCACGCUUGAUACCAAAAUUCUAUCCUUACUAUGGAACAAGUACUGGGUAGCUACAAUUAGUCAGAGCCCCUUAUUUACAAAUCGCGACUACACCACCAAACAGAUCGCAGAUUUAGGGGAGAAGAUUAAGAAAGCGACCAGAGCGGUCGAGAAUAGUACACAGCGGGAAAGUGCUUUAACAACCAAGGACCAACAUCUAGAGAAGGUUGUCAAGGAGGGAGAUCGUAUAGCAGGAGAGGAGCUAACGGGCUUGAUGGCAGCUCAGAUUAAGAGGGAGCUGUUUCAAGGGGUAGGGCAACAAGCGGCUGACAAAACAUAG